CCGGGGAACAGACUUACUUUGACGAGAUCAAACAGUUCUACUACAGAGAUGAGUUCAGUCACCAGGUGCAGGAGUGGAACAGGCAGCGAACUCUUGCCAUAGAGAGAGCCCUCACUCAGUUCCUCUACCCUCAGAUGGCCAAGGAGCUCAAGAGCAAACUGAUCACUGAGGCCAAGGAGAGCAUUGCCGGUCCUGCUGCCGUCGGUUGUACAACUGGCUGAAAGUGGCUCCUUACCGACCAGAUCAGCAGGUUGAGGAAGACGAUGAUCUGAUGGAUGAGAGUCAGGGCAAAGGCAUUCGGGUGCUGGGAGUAGCAUAUGCGCCCAGCAGAGACACACCCGUGUUCUGUGCUCUGAUCAACGGGGAAGGGGAGGUGGCCGACUUCCUGCGUCUGCCCUACUUCAUGAAGAGGAGGAACGCCUUUAGGGAGGAUGAGAGAGAGAAGAAGGCCCACGACAUCGAAACCCUCAAAAAGUUUCUAUCUGGGAAGAAGCCUCAUGUCGUGGCUGUCGCUGGGGAAAACAGAGAUGCUCAAAUGAUCAUGGAGGACAUCAAGAGGGCCAUCAGCGAGCUGGAACAAGAGUCCUCUGUCCCCGCUGUGGGAGUGGAGCUCGUUGACAAUGAGUUGGCCACGCUGUACAUGAACAGCAAGAAGUCUGAGGUUGACUUUAGGGAUUACCCCCCCUUGCUGCGACAGGCUGUGUCAAUAGCCAGGAAGAUCCAGGACCCCCUGAUAGAGUACGCUCAGGUUUGCAGCACUGAUGAUGAUAUUCUCUGCCUCAAACUCCACCCGCUGCAGGAACAAGUGGUGAAGGAAGAUCUGCUCUGUGCUCUUUACUUUGAAUUCAUUAACCGUGUGAAUGAGGUCGGAGUGGAUGUGAACAAGUGCAUCGCCCACCCUCACACCCAGAGCCUGGUGCAGUUUGUCUGUGGUCUGGGGCCGAGGAAGGGCUCCCAGCUGCUGAAGAUUCUGAAGCAGAACAACACUCGUCUGGAAAACCGAACCCAGCUGGUCACGAUGAGUCACAUGGGACCCAAGGUGUUCAUCAACUGUGCUGGUUUCAUCAAGAUCGACACGGCGUCGCUCGGAGACAGUACGGACUCCUACAUCGAGGUCCUGGAUGGGUCUCGUGUUCACCCUGAGACGUACGAGUGGGCUCGUAAGAUGGCCGUGGACGCUCUCGAGUACGAUGAAUCGGCAGAAGAUGCCAACCCAGCCGGAGCUCUGGAGGAGAUCUUGGAAAACCCAGAACGUCUGAAAGAUCUGGACCUGGACGCCUUCGCCGAAGAGCUUGAGAGACAGGGUUAUGGCAACAAGGGCAUUACUCUGUAUGAUAUCCGUGCAGAGCUGAGCUGCAGGUACAAGGAUCUGAGAGUCGCCUACAGGGUCCCCAACACCGAGGAGGUCUUCAACCUGCUCACCAAGGACACCCCAGAGACCUUUUAUAUUGGUAAGCUGAUCACCAGUAUAGUAACUGGUAUCGCUCACCGGCGGCCUCAGGGAGAGAGCUACGACCAGGCCAUCAGAAACGACUCCACCGGGCUGUGGCAGUGUCCUUUCUGCCAGCAGGACAACUUCCCCGAACUCAGCGAGGUUUGGAAUCACUUUGACAGCGGUUCGUGUCCAGGUCAGGCCAUCGGGGUGCGGUCCAGAUUAGAUAACGGCGUCCAGGGGUUCAUUCCCACAAAGUUCCUCAGUGACAAAACGGUCAAACACCCCGAGGAGAGGGUCAAGGUGGGUAUGACGGUUCACUGCCGCAUCAUGAAAAUCGACAUUGAGAAAUUCAGCGUGGACCUCACAUGCCGCACCUCCGAUCUGAUGGACAAGGCCAAUGAGUGGAAGCUUCCCAAGGACAGCUACUAUGACUUUGACAAAGAGACUGAAGACCAAAAGCAGGAAGAGGACCUCAAAAAGAAACAGCAGCGAACACCAUAUAUAAAGCGUGUGAUCGCCCAUCCCAACUUCCACAAUAUCAGUUUCAACCAGGCGGAGAAAAUGAUGGAGACCCUGGACCAAGGAGACCUGAUCAUCAGACCCAGCAGCAAGGGAGAGAACCACCUCACGGUUACCUGGAAGGUGGCUGAUGGCAUCUACCAGCAUGUGGAUGUGAGGGAAGAAGGCAAAGAGAACGCAUUCAGCUUAGGACACACUCUCUGGAUCAACUCUGAGGAGUUUGAAGAUCUGGAUGAAAUCAGUGCUCGGUACAUUCAACCAAUGGCGUCAUUUGCCCGAGAUCUCCUGGGGCAUAAGUACUUUCAGGAAUUGGGGAGCAAGGAUAAAAUGGAGGAGUUGUUGGUCAAGACGAAGAGGGAGAAGCCUACUUUUAUUCCAUACUUUCUAUCGGUAUGUAAAGAGCUCCCGGGGAAAUUCAUCCUGGGCUACCAGCCUCGAGGAAAACCAAGGGUUGAGUAUGUGACCAUCACCCCGGAUGGCUUCCGGUACCGCUCACAGGUUUUCCCCACAGUGAACGGGUUAUUCCGCUGGUUUAAGGACCAUUACCAAGAGCCUGUGCCAGGCGUCACUCCCAGCAACAGCAGCAGAACAAGGACUCCUGCGUCCCUGAACGCCACCCCAGCAAAUAUCAACAUCGCAGACUUGACGCGAGCUGUCAACUCCCUCCCACGCAACAUGACCUCUCAGAUGUUCAAUGCCAUCGCCGCGGUUACAGGCCAGAACCAGAACCCCAACACCACCCCCGCUCAGUGGGGCUCCAGCCAGUACGGAUACGGUGGCAGCACAGGGGGAGGAGGGGGGAGCUCCUCUGCGUACCAUGUGAGUGCAGCUGCUCAUAUUCAACUACUGUGGAAGCAGACAAGCUGUUUCAGGGAUUGUAUUCAGGCUCACACGAUAAUACAAAGUUCUUCUCUUGUUCAAUCCUUUAUAAACCCUAGGUGCCUACAUGAUACAAAAUAUGGAUACAUAAGGACUUGCUGUUAUGGUUAAGGGAGAAUUAGUAAA